AUGAAAACAGAUGAACAAGUUGAAAUCUCAUUUACUAGAAUAUGGGAUCCAUCUCUAAAGGGAAAACAAUCACCUCUAAAUAUAGACAAAAGGUAUGUGAUGCUACGUAAUUCAUCAGGAUUCUACUCUUAUGCUAUAUUUGAACACUUAAAAGAGUGGCCAGCUUUCAACAUACCUCAAAUAAGAAUUGUUUAUAAACUUCGUAAAGACAAGUUUCAUUACAUGGCUGUGGGGGAUGAUAGACAAAGGUUUAUGCCUCUACCUGAUGAUCGAUUACCUGGAAGAGGAGAAGAACUUGUUCCUCCAGAAGCUGUUUUGCUUGUUAAUCCUGUGGAACAAGAGUUCAAAGGAGAGGUUGAUGACAAGUACCAAUACUCAAGUGAAAAUAUAGACCUCAAGGUGCAUGGAUGGACAAGUUCAAAAUCUGAAACAAACCAAGCAAUAGGGUUUUGGGUAAUCAUACCUAGCAAUGAAUUCCGAUCAGGUGGCCUUGCCAAACAAAAUCUCACCUCUCAUGUUGGCCCUAUCAGUCUUGCAAUGUUUCUUAGUGCUCAUUAUGCAGGAGAGGACAUAGUUCUCAAACUCCAGCCCAAUGAGCCAUGGAAAAAAGUUUUUGGACCAACUUUUGUCUAUCUUAAUACCAUUUUAGAUCAUCCUCAGGAUUCACUAGAGCUAUGGAAGGAUGCCAAAUAUCAGAUGAACAAGGAAGUUCAAAGUUGGCCCUAUGAUUUUCCAGCUUCAAUUGAUUUUCAAAAGUCUAGCGCACGAGGAUCUGUUAGUGGCACGAUACUAGUUCGUGAUAGGUUUGUAAGUGAUAAGGACAUAAUAACACAAGGUGCAUACAUAGGUUUGGCACCACCAGGAGAUGUUGGAUCUUGGCAAAGAGAAUGCAAGGGAUACCAAUUUUGGUGUAGAGCAAACAAGGAUGGAUACUUUUCAAUAGAAAAUAUACGAAGUGGAAAUUACAAUCUAUAUGCAUGGGUUCCAGGUUUCAUCGGAGAAUAUUGGAACAAUAUUAUCAUCAAAAUAAUACCAGGUUAA